CCGGUCAACCCUCCCCAGUGGCCACCCUCCCCUUCCCUGUUUCCACCGCGCCCACCUUUGCAUCGGCCUGCCGCCGCGUUGCCUGCUCCCCUCCGGGUACCUUGCCCUCCUUGUGCUCCCCCUUGCUGGCUGCCUCCCUCCGGCCUUCAACCCGAUCCGCCCCACACCAUCGAUUCGUCCUACCGUCCCACUGUUCGCAACCCUUCCCAGCGCGCUGCCAUGGCGGGUGAAGGGGAUGACGGCGGCGGCAACUACCCCCAGCCGGACCCCUGGUUCACGGCCGGCUACUACCCCUACUUCAGUGGGUCGAGCCAAGCACCGGGAGCAGGAGGCAUGGCACCGCCGCCACUUGGGAUCCCCGCUUUCGACCCCAACAAUUACGGACCUGCCUCAAGCAGUGCAGUUGCGGCCAGCGGCGGCACCACUGCGCCUGGCAAUCCUUAAUCCGGGUACUUCGGCGCUCCCCCAACACAACCGGGUCCAUACGGAGCCAUGUCUGCGCCGGCGCAUGGGUUCUAUCAAUGCGCACCUAUUGCCGGCCCACAGUUCGCUGCACAACCUCCUCGGCAUUUCACCUCCUCCACUGCACCAUGGCAUGCUGGGCCCUCUGCAUCCGUCCCGCACAUGCCGAUGCAUCCUGUUGCUAGCCCAUACGGGGAUUACAGUGAGAGCAGUAGCCGGCCAGCCCGUGGUGACAUGCCACCCUGCCACCCAACAAGGCCUUCGGUGGCAAUGGACGAGGAUAUCUCUGCUUCCUCAGCUCCUUCACGUCGUAUGGCACAAAGCCAAACCUGCCGUGACAGCAGUAGCCGGCUGGGCCCUUCCCCCAUUCAAGUGCCGUCAAGCAAUGAGGACACAAAUGAUUCUGAUGAUGACGACUUCCGCGUGUCCUCGGCUGCUAGUGGCGGUGACAAUGCAGAAAACAUGGGAACGGGUCCGUCCGGGCCUGAAGAGGAAGGCUAUGAGGAGACCUCAGGCUCCGAUUGGGAUGGCCUGAAUUGGGAAGGGGACACGAGUUCGCUGAGUGAUGGUACGUCAAGUGAUGAGGCAGAUGAUGAGCGCUACAAGGACCUAGAGGAGUUGUAUGGAAAAGAUAAUCCAGUUUUCCAGGGCAUUAAGAUUUACAUGGACACACGCAGGAGGCGGCGGAAACUGCUGAAGAAGGCAAUAAUUUUAGGUGCGUACCAUGACAUUUAUUUGAGCAAACAACCAUAUAGAGUGCCCCUGGAGACAGGACUUCAGUGGGUAGAAAGGCAAUUGAGAAAUGCAAAUUCAUGCUACAACGUGUUCCGUAUGCAGCCACAUGUGUUUGAGUCGCUACAUCAGAGGUUGGUUAGCAGCUAUGGGUUGAAGUCUACUAAAAAGAUGUCAUCUAGAGAGGCUUUAGGCAUGUUCCUGUAUAUGGUUGGACCCCCACAACCUGUUCGGCAGGCUGAGAAUAGGUUUGAGAGGUCCAUGGAGACAGUAAGCCGUAAAUUCCACGAGGUAUUAUCUUGUGUGACCCAGCUAGCCAAAGAUAUAAUUUGCCCGAAGGAUCCCACUUUUAGUUCGGUGCACAGAAAGGUAGCAAAUCAUAGGUCCGCUCCAGCCUUCAACAAUGCAAUAGGGGCAAUAGAUGGAACCCAUGUCAAAGUUGUCGUCCCUUUCACUAAGGCUGGGCAAUAUAUUAAUAGGCGAAACGAGAAAACUCAGAAUGUACUAGCCAUAUGUGACUUUGAUCGCCGCUUCACAUUUGUUGCUACGGGCAUUCCUGGAUCAGCACAUGAUUGGACAGUGCUGCAACAAGCCAUUCUGAAAUAUGGGCCACAUUUCCCACAUCCCCCCCCCCAGGGAAGUUUUAUUUGGUGGAUGCAGGGUACCCCAACAGGCCGGGGUACCUAUCACCAUACAGGGGGGUCAAGUACCAUCAAGCCGCAUGGAGACAGGGACCACGACCUUCGGGUACACAAGAGGUAUUUAACAAAGCGCAUUCUUCACUUAGGUCGGUCAUAGAGCAGUCAUUCGGUGUCCUGAAGAUGAAGUGGAGAAUGUUGUUGGCCAUCCCUAGCUAUCCUGAGCGUACACAAGCAGAAAUUAUUCUUGCAUGUUGUGGGCUGCAUAAUUUUGUUUUGGAAAAUGAUGAUGAGGAUGUGGACUUUGCUCUGUCUUCGGCAUUUGGAGGAAUGGCACUGGUCGAAGAAGACGAGAAUGAUGCGGAGAACAGGCGUGACGUUGAUGAAGUUGAAGACGAUGUAAACAUGAAUGUUGUCCGCGAUGAAAUUGCAUAUGCAUGUUUGUUGGCACGUAGGCGUAGUUGAAAAACAUGUGCUAUAUGUCGUAUGUGCCAUGCGUUGUGGCAAUAAUGCGUUUGUAUCGUCGUUAAUAUUUGUUGUGCAGACAUGCAGUUUGCCUUGUGAA